AUGCUGGAAAAUGAAAUAACGUUUGUUGUGGUUGUUUGCGCACGUGAUGCCUAUUCUAUCGCCACGCCAGUUGUCGGACUAGUGGAGUUGCUCCUGUUCACAAAUGUAUCCGUUGUCGAAUCCAAAUCCAUUUCGCCUUUGAAACUACGAGUAUCUUUCUGGCUGUUACGAGCUGAAGUACUGUUUAAAUGCCCCGACGGUUUCACCAAACCCGACGAGUACUUCGUUCAUAUUGAACAAUGGAUUGAGACAAAUUCGUGGACCACGGCAACUCGCGGAUCCGCGCCAUUUCAUAGCUCGUACGAUCAAGAUUCCAGUCAUCCAAUUGCUUACAAUGCCGUCCCGGACAAAAUCAUCCGACUGAAUUGCUCCAGUGGAAAGAAGUCGAUUCGCGAGCACAUUGCAGGCUACGUUCGCCGCCUGCGUGUUAGUUGGAAGCUGAGUGGGGCGUUAUCCCCGUUACCAUCGGUUUGGACGACCCCAUCAUCGCCGGGAGAUAAGAAGCAGUCGAAAAAUUCAACCUGGGAUCUGUUAACCUACCGCAGACCACUUCAUCCGGGUUUUGGAUUCGGUCUGCGCUUCACUUCCCGUAUGUUGUUUGAGGGAAACCUUGGCAGUGACAGAAAGCGAGUAUUAUGCGAAUUCUUUUCCGGGUUUUGGUGCAACUCCGUGCAACUGGAUGUUACCUCGAAAUCUUCGUCGGACAACUACCAUGCUCUAGUCGAACCCGAUCGUGAAGCUUGCGUCCCAGCGUCUAUGCGGUGCGAUCGUUUACCAGAUUGUGAUCUGACUUUGGCCUCUGAUGAUGACUUGGUGAAUCGAUCGGCGGAUGAGGCGUACUGCAAUGUGUACCGUGGCAAAUACUCAUUCGGUCAACUUGACCAUCCACUCGCUUUACGACGCCUCAUCGCGGCCGUAUCCUGA